AACAAGUGUCUGUGGCGCUCGCUCCGCGGCCCUGAGACGCGCUCCGCCGCCCCCGGCGGCCCUCCUUGCUCCGCGCCUGGCUCCUAUGGGGCAGGAGGGAACCAGGGAGCCCCUAGCCGCGCAGCCCGCGAGCCGCCGCCGCGACCCUCCGCCCAGGCGGCCUGGGCAGCCCCGCGCGGGGGCCGCGGACUCAGCUCGGCUGUCAGGCGCGCCGGCGCGGGGUCGCCGCGCGAGCAGCGCCCGGGCUGUCGCCGAGCCCGCUCCUGACAGAAUAACGUGCUUGGUUUCCCCACCCCUGGGAGGGGUUGCCGGGGCCGCGAGCUGCCUCCCAGUUUCCAUCGCUCUCUCCUGGGGAGGAUCCGCCGCCGGGAGGAAGGAUUAGAAUAAACCUGACCGAGGCGCAGAAGUGGCUCCCGAGGAAGCCGGCGCCGGGGCCGCCGCCUCGCGUCCCCUCGGGGCGCAGCGCUCGGGGGUCAGCGGGCCGGAGCCGAGGCGCGGCCGGCGGGCCGGGGGCGGCGGGGCCGAGCGAGCGCCUGUGCGAGGGGGCGGGCGCGCGGCGAGCCGGGGGGCGGCCGUACAGCCCCCCGCGCCCCGCGGGGCCCCGGAGCUCCGGCGCGCGGGCUGGAAGCGACUGAGGAUUGCCGCCGCGGGCUGCGGGCGAGCAUCGUCCCUCUGGGCAGUGGAUCCGGCUAUGACAGCUGGGCUCCCCGAAGGGUUAACCUGGGUGUCUUCGGCAAAGUUGUCGCUGAGCCGGGAGCCCGCGUAGGGGCCGCGGCGCCGAGGCUCGCGGGGCGGCCGGGCGGCCGGCGGCGGUCGUGGCUCGGCGGGGCCCGCGCGGCCGGGGGGCUGCUGGGGGUGUGCGCCCCCAGCCGGCUGCCCUCGUGGAUGCCUCCCGGCGGCGGCGGGCCCAUGAAAGACUGCGAGUACAGUCAGAUCAGCACCCACAGCUCCUCCCCCAUGGAGUCGCCCCACAAGAAGAAGAAAAUCGCGGCGCGGAGGAAAUGGGAGGUUUUCCCGGGAAGAAACAAGUUCUUCUGCAACGGGAGGAUUAUGAUGGCCCGGCAGACGGGCGUCUUCUACCUGACUCUCAUCCUCAUCCUGGUCACGAGCGGACUCUUCUUCGCCUUCGACUGUCCGUAUCUAGCAGUGAAAAUCACCCCCGCCAUCCCCGUGGUUGGUGGCAUUCUGUUCUUCUUUGUGAUGGGGACCCUGCUGCGCACCAGCUUCAGUGACCCUGGCGUCCUUCCGCGAGCCACGCCGGAUGAAGCCGCCGACCUGGAAAGGCAAAUAGAUAUCGCAAACGGCACCAGUUCAGGGGGGUACCGCCCACCUCCCAGAACCAAAGAAGUCAUCAUCAAUGGCCAGACUGUGAAACUUAAAUAUUGUUUCACCUGCAAGAUUUUCCGGCCUCCUCGUGCCUCUCAUUGUAGCCUCUGCGAUAACUGCGUAGAACGAUUUGAUCACCACUGUCCCUGGGUAGGCAACUGUGUGGGGAAAAGAAACUACAGAUUUUUUUAUAUGUUUAUUUUAUCUCUGUCCUUUCUGACAGUCUUUAUAUUUGCAUUCGUUGUCACCCACGUCACCCUUCGUUCACAGCAAGCAGGAUUCCUAAAUGCUCUUAAGGACAGUCCUGCAAGCGUGCUGGAGGCCGUGGUCUGCUUCUUCUCCGUCUGGUCCAUCGUGGGGCUCUCGGGUUUCCACACGUACCUGAUCAGCUCCAACCAGACCACGAACGAAGACAUUAAAGGAUCUUGGUCAAAUAAAAGAGGUAAAGAAAAUUACAACCCCUACAGCUACGGAAAUAUCUUUACAAAUUGCUGUGUUGCCCUGUGUGGGCCCAUCUCUCCAAGCCUAAUCGACAGAAGAGGAUACAUCCAGCCUGACACCCCGCAACCAGCCGCACCCUCCAAUGGGAUGUCCGCAUACGGGGCCACACAGUCACAGAGCGACAUGUGCGACCAAGACCAGUGCAUUCAGAGCACCAAAUUCGUUUUGCAGGCCGCGGCCACGCCCCUGCUGCAGAGCGAGCCCAGCCUCACCAGUGACGAGCUGCACCUGCCCGGGAAGCCGGGCCUGGGCACGCCCUGCGCCAGCCUGACACUGGGGCAGCCCACGCCGCCCUCCUCCAUGCCCAACCUCGCCGCGGAGGCCGCGCUCACAGACAUACUGCCCUUGAAAGAGGAGCACGUGGGCCACCAGUUCCUGACCCCGGAGGAAGCGCCCUCGCCACCCAGGAUGCUGGCGGGCAGCCCGCUGGCGCACAGCCGCACCAUGCACGUGCUGGGCCUCGCCAGCCAGGACUCUCUGCACGAGGACUCGGUGCGCGGCCUGGUGAAGCUCAGCUCCGUGUGAGCGCGGCACCCCGGCGCGGGGGCUGCAGACAGUGGGAGCGGCAGACGGGGCGCCCCCCACCGCGACUUCCCGGGACCCAAUGCCGGGGUGGCCAGGACAACUCCAGGUCCUGGGGCAGGAAGACGCCUGGGAGAGAAAUCGGAUCCCCCUCUGAUGGCAGAGGGGGGCAGGACCCAAAGGCUGACAGCUUGGUUUCAUUUGAAUUUUCUUCCCCACCCUGACCGCUUUGAUAACAAUGAAAAUGGAGACGUAGCUAUUUUCAGGUGUUUGGAAUAUGAAGGGUGGGCGUGGGGAGGGAGGAGCCUCCAGGAGCCGCAGUCAGAGUCUGGGAGGAGAGGAGGCUGCCUGGGGGUGCCUCUUGCUGAUCUGGGACAGAAAUAUGGGAGGGUUAUGACACUUGUGGUCAGACUGAAAUUGCACUUAAGUGUUAUGCUACUAAUAUUUGAAACAGACAUGCCAUUCCAUUUGUUAAUUU